AUGGUGUUUCAGGAUUUGACGAGGCUCGACUAUAUUGCCCUCAUUGGUCCCUUGGUUCCGUAUCUGUGGAUUAUCAUUACUCCCAUCGCAUCGUUCAUCCUUGGUUGCUACCUCUUGGUGUCACUUAACGUCUUGGGCCAACAUUGGACCGAGGCGUUCAGCUCCCUCAAGAUCCGAGACUACAAGAACUUUGUACGGAUGCAUAUCUCACCCAUCACGGGAGACCUGCAGUGCUUUGUAAUCGGAGUCGAUCACGUCCCCACUCACUGGGAAAUGGACCCUUAUUGGGAUAGGACUUUAAUGCCGAAAAGCGCACGGGUACCUUCCUGGAAGUGGGUUACUCCUAGCAAGUACCGACCCAGAGUCAAGAAAAAUCCAAAUGGGAAGGCUUUGAAGGGAGGAAGUCAGGCAAAGGUUGUCGACUUCUUUAUGGUGAAAGCUUCGAAGAAGCGUCGACCUGACAUUGGUGAAGCGGUACCGUUGGGUGAUGACUAUUACACAGAGGAGAAGUCGGAAGGAACUUUCAUGCAGACAAUAGACAUUGUUGCGUAG